AUGUCUCAAACUAUGACUUCCACCCCCGUUAAGACGACCAUGAUUGUGGGAAACCAAUCAUUGGACGUCGCUGAGCUCGAUGAAAUUAGGCUAGAACGCCUUAUCGCGAAAGAUGAAGAAGAGACGGCCAAGCUUAUGAAGGCGGCAGAGUCUCGGGGGUUCUUUUACAUCACUUUCAAUGAUAGCCUCUCUGAGAAAGUCUCAAGUCAUCUUCGGACCUGUUACCUGAACUCUCAUGAGUUUUUCUCUAAGGCCUCAGAUGAAAAGAUGAAGGAGUUUAGGGAAGAUAUGACCCACGGCUACAAACGCGCUGGCAUUGAAUCAUUCGAAAUUACUCGAGACGAACAGAACCGCAUCCCCUUACCAAGUCCCUUCGCCGAACACGCUGAGGCAACACUAGAUCUUGCCAACAUCUGCGAUACCACGGUACGCACAGUUCUCCACAGCAUUUCCGAUAUCCUUGAUCCCAGCGAAUCCUUGGGUCUGGAAAAUGCUCAUCGGCCUGAUGGAAGAAGCGACUCGGGAAUAAAAUUUGUUUCCGGUCCAACUAAAGCAUCCGUUGCUGAUGUACCCGAUACUACCCACACCGACGGUGGCUCGAUCACUUUGCUCUGGUGCGAUAAAUGGGCCAGUCAGAUGCAAACUAAGGAGACGAAGGAGUGGCUAUGGAUAGAUCCUAAGCCUGGCUGUGUCUUGGUCAACUUCGCGAAUUAUCUACAAACCCAGACUGGCGGUCGCCUGCAUUCCCCUGUCCAUAGAGUGAGCCAGCCUUCAGAUGGUGCGGAGGACCGGUAUUUUGUUUCCUAUUUCUUGCGACCAAAUCAUUAG